AUGUCCUCUUUAAAGCAAUUGAGCCGGUCAGGACCGCGCAAACAGACCUAUACGCCCAUUUUGAACAAUCCGUUUACACAGGAAGCUCACCUGUGGCCCCACAUCGAGAACCAUCGACUUGUGGCGGAAGUGGUGAAAAGUCACGUGACAGCUCCACUUGCCCUUGCACGCGAUCUGCGACAACAGGCGCCCUUUGACGCGCUUUGCGGGUUCAAUAGCAUCGUACAGCACCUCGAAAACCCUCCGCUGCCGACCAGUCCUGUUUUUUUAUUUGUGUGCAACAAAGACGUCAACUCCGAGAUCCUGCUGGCGCAAAUCCCAAUCUUGGCCCGCGUGUCGCGGUGCCAAGUCACUCUCGUGGCACUCCCACGAGGAUUCGUCGCAAAUUUCGACGCGUGCGACCCACAUCACGACGGAUUUUUGCUCGUGAUCGAUAAUGACAAAUUUGACCGCCAAAUCGCAGCCAAACUACGCCAAAACGUGCCGGAACCUACCAUUUUGCCAUGGCUACAGUACGAACCUGCCAAGAUCUCACUCGUGGCAUCAACGACACCUGUCAGAUCGAAGGGAAAGCCCGUACCCAAAUCGCGAUGA